UGUGAAGCAGCGACGGCGCUCCGGAAUUUCCCGUUUCCACCUCGAAAAUACGCAAAAUACGAAAAUCACGGAAAAUACGGAGAACCGGAGACCGGAGUAAAUACGGGCGUAAACUCGUUAAGUCGCAAAGUGUUUCUAAAAACGUUGUAAAAAAACUUUGAAACAUUGCAAAAUAUUUUACACACAUUUUAUAAUAAUAUUUAUUUAUGAAAAAGUAUAAAACAUUUAAAAUAAAUAUCAACAGCUAGCCUUUUAAAAUAGCUGCUUGAAGUGCUGGAACUCAAAAAAUACCACAUUAAAACAUUCUAAGAAAAGUGAUAAAUAUGAUAAAAUGAUCUUGAGCAAAAGACCGGCAAAUACAAUCUCACAAAUAUGGAGAAAAUUAUUAGGAAAUGCGAAAACACCGAUAAAUAUCUAUAAAUAAUUUCGCUUAUUUCAACAAUGUUUGCAAUAAAACAAAAAGCUUUAGUUACGAAUAAUAAAUAAAUUCCCAAAAGCAUAUGGAGUAUAUAUUAGGAAAAUAUAAAAGCGAAUAGUUCAUAAGAAAACUUAAAUCCCGGAAAACCAAAACAAGCAAAUUUAGCAAUCGAUUGAAAAGGUAAAUCCCUAAGAGCUCCAGUAAAAGCAACUUAAGACCUGGGGUAAAAUAUUCGGAAAUUAAUUUCGAAGGAGAAGGAGAAGUACUGGAAAUCUCAGCCCGAAAAUGCUUUUGAGCAACCAGCCGGCGAAUACGAAACCGCAGCAAACGCCUUCGCCGACGCAGAACUUCAAGUCGAAGUUGCAGCAACAAAUCGUUUCGGCAGCGGCGGUGGCAGCGGCGAAUAUCGCCAACGGCAGCAGUCAUCAUCACCAGCAUCAUCAUCAUCAUCACCACCACCACAGUCCGCUGAACAACCAUCAUAAUCAUAACCACAAUCAGCACAACAUUUCCUUCGCCACGGAUUUCUCAAUUGCGGCGAUUAUGGCGCGCGGCGGAAACGCCCCGAGCAGCCGGGAACCUUCGGAACGCAGUCUGAGUCCCGCAUCCGUGGAGCGCUUUUCAGGCCAGGAUGCGGACGAUGAUGUUGACGUUGAUGUGGUCGACUGCAGUGACUCGGAAAUGCCGUCGGCAACUGCAGCAGCAACUGCAACAGCAGCGGCUGCAGCGGCAGCAUUGCAGGCCCAGCAGCAGGCGCGACAGGCAUUGCGUGUUGCACAGCAACAGCAACAAAAGCAGGAGCAGCAACAACAACAAUCACAACAACAAAGGCAACAGACACAUCACCACGCACCGGCAAACAAGCAACAACGCCAACAUCACAAUCAUCACAGCAGCAACAGCAACAACAACAGCAACAGCAACAUCAGCAACUCAGGCAACAGCAACAGCAACACCAACAGCAACAGCAAUCACAGCAAAUCAAGCAGCCAUCGAGGGCGUUCUGCUGCCGCAGUUGGAGCCGCUGCCACGCCCUCGCCGCCACCGCCCCCGCCCUCGCAAAGUCCCGAGGAACUCGAACGCCUGUCGCCAGAGGAAUCGCCAGCCCAGCAGCCCACGCCCAAGAUAGUGGGCUCGUGCAACUGCGACGAUCUCACGCCCGUCCAGUGCCACCUGGAGACCAAGGAGCUGUGGGAUAAGUUCCAUGAAUUGGGCACUGAAAUGAUCAUUACCAAAUCGGGCAGGCGCAUGUUCCCCACCGUGAGAGUGAGCUUCUCAGGUCCCUUGAGGCAAAUUCAACCGGCGGACCGAUAUGCCGUGCUUUUGGACGUCGUACCGCUGGAUUCGCGGCGCUAUCGUUACGCCUAUCAUCGCAGUUCGUGGCUGGUGGCCGGAAAAGCGGACCCACCGCCCCCCGCCCGCAUCUACGCCCAUCCGGAUUGUCCUCUCAGUCCGGAGGCACUGAGAAAACAGGUCGUCUCCUUCGAAAAGGUGAAGUUGACAAACAACGAGAUGGACAAGAGCGGACAGGUCGUGCUGAACUCAAUGCACCGCUACCAGCCCAGGAUCCACUUGGUGCGACUCAGCCAUGGGCAGAGCAUCCCCGGCAAUCCCAAGGAGCUGCAGGAUAUGGACCAUAAAACCUUCGUUUUCCCGGAGACCGUGUUCACGGCCGUGACGGCCUAUCAGAAUCAAUUGAUUACGAAACUGAAAAUCGAUUCGAAUCCGUUUGCGAAGGGAUUUCGCGAUUCGUCGCGUCUCAGCGACUUUGAUAGAGAUCCCAUGGAUGCGUUUUUCUUUGACCAGCACAUGCGAACGGCUCCUCUGCGAUUUUUUCCGGAUCCUUUGAUGUCGCAGUUGACGCCUCAGGAGGCGGAUGCCGCGUCCUUGGCGCUCCUGGAAAAAGCCCGCCAGCACUUGCAGAUGUUUGGCCGAUCGCCGUAUACGGAGAUGUUGCUGCCGCAUUUGUACCAGCGAUCGGCGGCUCCUCCACCGCCCCCGCACCUCAGCGCCUUUCAGCUGGGAAUGUGGCAACAGCAGUGGCCACAACUCACGGCCGGAUUCUUGGCCAGUGCCAAUCAGCAAGCGGCCUUGGCCUUGGCAGCGGCGGGCGCCAAUCGGACGCCACCCCCUCCGAUUUCGGUGGCGCCCCCAGCCCCCGCCACGCCCACCUCCUCGUGCGGAUCUGCGUCUCCGGAUUUGAGGGCCAGACCCCAGCUGAGUCACUAUCCACAGCGAUUCAGUCCGUACCAGGUGCCCCAGCACCAGGCAUCGCCACCAGCCUCGAAUCGGGCUGAAAGUCCCUAGGACUAACGACUAACAAGCAAAACCAACUAAUCCACCCAACACACCACCCAUUCCCUCUUUGCCCCACCCAAAAAUAAUAGUCUGAUGUGGUUUUUAAAUCUCAGAAAAAAACAAUACAAGCUAUACUUAGCUUAAAAAAUCCAAUAUAUAUUUCCGUGCUAAAUAGAACAUGCCUUUUUCUUAUUCAACAAAUUUUCGUGUGCAAUAAAUCAAUCAAAAUCAAAUCUAAAUUAUAAAUCCAUUU